AUGGAAAAUUCAUCUGUUCAAUUGAAUGAUUUACCUGAUGAAAUUCUUAUGAUGAUUUUUAAAAAAUUACAUAAUAUUACACUACUUUAUUCUUUAUCAGAUGUUAAUAUACGUUUAAAUAAAAUAGUACAUGACUCUAUUUUUACCAAUCGUUUGACUUUGGCAAAUUUUGUACCAAGUCGUUUAAUUUUGCAAAUAUAUUCUCCAAUAUAUUUUGCUUAUCCAUUAUCUGAUUUAGUACUUGAUCGUUUUUGUUCACAUAUCUUAUCUAAAAUUCAUCAAAAAGUCAAAUGGCUUGAUCUUGAAUCAUCAUCGAUGGAACGUAUUCUUCUUUCUACAAGUUAUCCUAAUUUAGUUGGAAUUGCUUUGUAUAAUAUUCACUUAGAAAAUGCUGUACAUCUAUUUUCUGAUGAACGUCUUUUCACUUCUACCUACAAAAAACAAAUUUCAUCACUUGUUAUCGAUAUUAAAGCAAGUGGAGAAGAAAAUCCAGCACGAGAUGAAAAUAUAGUUUUAUUUACUCAUAUAUUUAAUAUAUUUACUAAUUUACAAACAUUAAAUAUUGGUCCAUCUUCAAUUUGGUAUCAAUAUUUAUGCUUUGAUAGAUCACCUCCAACUGUUAUUUCUUCGACUCUGUUAGAACUAUAUGUUUGUUUGGUUAAUUUUAGCGAUUGCCUUUAUUUACUUGAUGGACGUUUCAAUCAGCUUCAUACAUUUCAUGCUAAUAUUGACUUCAUUACUUCUUCGCGUUUGAUAAUCAAUAAUAAGGAAAAACUUCCUAAUCUAAAAUCGUUUAAACUGCAUUGUUAUAUCGAUACAAGUUUUUAUGAUGAAUUAAUUUUACCACUUUUACAUCGAAUGUCGAAUUUAGAAAAACUUGAUUUGGUUCUUAUAGUUUGGACAAAGAAAACACUUAUUGAUGGUAAUAAUUUGAAGUUAAAUAUUAUAAAUUAUAUGCCAUUGUUAAACAAAUUUACAUUUAAUAUUCAUUCAAAAACACGUUUUUAUACUAAAUUUAAUUUACCAUCUAAUGAAUAUAUUCAAGAAACAUUCAAAGAUUUUAAAAAUAAACAAAUUAUUUCUUCUAUUGAUUAUUUCAAAGAAAAAGAAUAUAGUCAAUGUCAUAUUUAUUCAUAUCCAUAUCAAUUGAUAUAUUACAAUAAUAUAACAAAUAAUUUUCCAGGUGGAAUAUU